ACGCGAGCAGCUUCGGGGCAGUGGUAGUUUCCAAGCUCACAAGGAGCUCCACGCGAACCGUUUUUAGACGACGGCUGGUGGCGUCCUCCGAAGGGGCGCGAAGCCUUGCGAUAGUGUGUGAAUGCGCGUGGUGGUCUCUCCCUUCCCCAGCGCUCAGAGGGUGGCUUGAUAGUGGUGGUGUUGGCUGGCACGAGACCGGAUUCGACUUCCGACUUCUGAUUCGCGAUUCUGUUGGGCUGGUGUGCUUAAAAUCUUUACCGAAGAAACGGGUUAAGUUUAGUGUUGACGCUACGGUUGAUCGAGAAGGAGGUCCACCGUCCUGCUGCGCGGUAUAGGAUGUGUUAGGCUACAGCAGUCUUGUGAUUUUUUUUUUGUUGGUGGGCUUUCGAAAUAGUGAAGCAAAGAUCAAGUAUAAUUCUCAAUAGCGUAACGAUAAGUGAAAUUACGCGUGCACGAUGUGGAAGUUUACGUUCGUUAUUCUUUCCUUCCUCGCCAUAAACAGUGUGCAGCCGCAAGCUGGCCGGUCAUGCACCACCCCGAACAGGCAGAUAGGCGUUUGUCAGGUGUUCCAGUACUGUGCAUCCCUGAUCCGACUGUACCAGUACAAUCGGAAUCAGGAGACGGUGAACUUCUUGCUCGCGUCGCAGCGCAGCUGUGGCAAUCGGAACUAUAAUGGCAGCCCGGUGCUUUGCUGUAGCGACGGUGUGGAGUAUGAUUCCACUACAACUUCGUCUCCUUUUGUAGAGGUAACGUCGGCUGCACCGCUCCGUACGGCCGACUGCGUUGGACCGGACAAUCGCGAAGGAUACUGCAUAAGCAUUCGCAGCUGUCCGAGCGUACUGAACGAGUUCAUCCAGCGCCAGAGAGAUCCAGUGUACGUGCAGUACAUCCAGCGAUCGAAUGCGGUUUGCAACUACAUUCAGCCCAACGUGUGCUGCCCACUGCAAGGUGUAACUCCGGCUCCGCCAGCUCCUCCGACUGCAGCACCGACUGUUCCACCGACGGCACCACCACCACCACCACCAGCACCUGUGACGGAGGCACCCCCACCACCACCACCAUCGCCGGCGUCAGGACCGGCCGAGCUGCUCACACCCGAAACCGGAUGCGGAAAUAGUAUUGUGCAGCACAAUCGGGUUGUUGGUGGCGUCCCGGCGGAAUUGAACGGAUGGCCGUGGAUGGCACUGGUCGGCUACAAGAAUGCGCUGGGCGAAGUGUCGUUCAAGUGCGGAGGUUCGCUCAUCACCAAGCGACACGUACUGACGGCUGCUCACUGCAUCCGUCGCGAUCUAUCAUCGGUUCGAUUGGGUGAGCACGAUACGUCCACGGAUGUGGAAGCGAACCAUGUCGACGUACCGGUCGUUCGGUACGAAUCUCAUCCAUCGUACGACAAGAAGGACGGACACACCGAUUUGGCGGUGCUGUACAUGGAAUUCGAGGUGCAGUUCAGCGAUGCGAUCAAGCCUAUCUGCCUGCCGUUGAGUGAUACGAUCCGCAGCAAGAACUUCAUCGGCUUCACACCGUUCGUGGCCGGUUGGGGUCGCACCCAGGAGGGUGGCAAGUCGGCCAACGUGCUGCAGGAGCUACAGAUUCCCAUCAUUGCCAACGACGAGUGUCGCACGCUGUACGACAAGAUCGGUAAAGUGUUCUCGCAGAAGCAGUUCGACAAUGCGGUAAUGUGUGCGGGCGUGAUCGAGGGCGGCAAGGAUUCGUGCCAGGGUGACAGCGGAGGUCCGCUGAUGUUGCCCCAGCGUUUCGGCACCGAUUUCUACUACUUCCAGGUGGGCAUCGUAUCGUACGGUAUCGGAUGUGCCCGGGCUGAGGUACCUGGGGUGUACACGCGUGUGGCCAGCUUCGUCGACUGGAUUCAGCAAAAGGUUGCGGAACCGCUGUAGAUCUGUUGUGGAGGUCGGAGUGGAGACUGUUUGUUUGUGUUUUUUUUUCUCAGCAAUAAAUGGUAUUAUUAGUGUUUUGAGUACAAAUGAAGAAAAAAGCUUGCAAGUGUAUUUUUUAAAUGCGUUUUCUAUUCUAUCAGAUACUGGCUUUUGUACACCUUUACACAGACGAAUGAUAGUAGUGACGUUAUCUUUUAUCGUUUGUUUUUGUACCUUGCAUGUACCCUUAUUCAAGUACAACUACAGUUUGUUUUAAAUUUUGUAGCGCAUAUUAGUACAAUCAUACGAGUUUCCAUUCGGUACUGUUAUGCGGACGUUUGACGAGGAAGUUGAUUACGGUUGACCGGAUUUAAAAAUACGAUUUCUUAAUAUGUUUCUGAGUAAAUAAGUCAAUCGUAUGUUUUGUAUGGAAUUUAUACAUAAAACCACUCAAGUUGCACAAAAUGUUUCAUUGCAUUUGAGUGGAUUUCAGCAUUUAUAUUUGCUUGGAAGCUUCCCCACAGUACUCGCAUUGCAAGUCUCAUUAUAAAUUACACUAAAAAAAUGUUGCAAGUAUUUUAUUUUAUAAUUUAUUCUAUUCUGCCUUUGCCUUAUUUGCAUUUUAUUUGUAUACUAACGAACUAAUUGAACCUGUAAGCUUGGUCUGUUCAGAUGCUUUAAAAUCAACAAAAAAGAAAAAGAAAGUACAACCGACAAAAAAAAAA